GUGCAGCAGGGAGGAAUGGAGGUGUGGUUGGGGAUGAUGAUGGGAGAGUUUGGUACGUGGAGUUGGGUGGAUGGAUCACCCAUGAAUUAUACCCACUGGGUAGGUGACCACCCGCCUACUAAUACCGACUCUAACACCUGUGUCAAGAUGGUAGUAAACAACUCAGACUCUGACGGUCGAUGGGGUGCACAGUCGUGCCGCAGCAUCCUGCACUACGUCUGCAAGAUGCCACUCAAAACUUGUCCAGAGGAAUCCACAUACUCUGAGAGAGAUGUUACACCCGAGCCAGCAGGAGGACACAUGGAGCAACUCCGCACGCAGGUGUAA